AUGGACAACCUGACAUUCAGACACAGCAUCCUCCUAGUGGAGGGACUGAAAGUUACACCUCAUUCUACUUAUCCUGUUUUCAUCCUUCUUCUCUUGGCUUAUAUUUUUACUAUGGUAUCCAACAUUACACUUAUAGUUCUCAUCUCAACAGAGAAGAAUCUGCAGCACCCUAUGCACUUUCUGUUCUGUAAUCUGCCACUGAAUGAUAUACUAGGAACCACUGUCAUUUUGCCUCGGUUAAUGCAGGACGUUUUAAGGGACACCUCAGAGCGUCAUAUUACAUAUAUGGAUUGUGUUACUCAAGCUUAUUUUGUUCAUGUAUUUAUUGUAGCAUGUCACUAUGUGCUUAUGUUAGGCCUCACCAUACGUCUGUCUCACUGCAGAUAUAAAAUUGAAAAUCCUUUCUGUGACAAUGCAUCACUGUUUAAACUGUCCUGUGAAAAUGUGUCUGUCAAUAAUGUGUUUGGAAUUGUUUAUACUGUAGCUGUGCUCUGCUUUUCAGCAAUUACUAUAUUUAUAACAUAUGUCAAGAUUGCUACUGUAUGCAAAAGUAGCAAAAACAAAGCAUUCAACAGCAAAGCCAUCAAAACCUGUAGUACUCAUUUAGCUGUUUAUUUAAUCAUGUUUAUUUCUGGAGCUACAAUGGUUUUUCUUCAUCGUUUUCCUGAAUACUCGGACAGCAGGAAACUGACAAGUAUAAUGUUUCAUAUUGUACCACCAGGAUUAAACCCUUUAGUGUAUGGUUUACAAACCAAAGAAAUACGACAAAAGAUUGCAAAGCAUUGGUAA